AUGGCCCAGGACGCACGACGUAGCAGGGCGUCGAUCACUAGCGAACAUACUGUACACCCGAAAGGCGUUGAUCGUGGAUCCAGAACGCUGAUCAAGCAGAUGCGCUUGUGUCCAGCUCGGACAGGAGGUGCAUUGUCAAAAUCUAUCCACCGACCUGGCCUGAAGCCCGUUGAUAAGAGUAAUUCCAGCUAUACCGGCAUACUAGACGAGGAAAAGCCCUUCGCGCUCGCGGAAACCCCAUUGCCAGAGGAGUCUCCUUGGCGCGAAGCUUUGAGCCCUGGCAGGAGUAUCGGCUUCCAAAACAUUGCUGGGCCUAUGCCUUCCACCUCCUACCCGCGACCGUCCCAGCGGCCCCUCAUCGAUUAUGUCACAAAUGUCUGGGUGAUCGUAGAACAAAAAUACAGCAAGUUGGGGGCGAAUUCGAAGGCUGGCGGCUCUAACUACUGUCCUGCGAGCAUGAAAGACCUCCUCAUCCUCGCCAGUGCGCCUCGACUCCGUCGUUACAUCAUCGUGUAUCUCAUUCUGCUGUGGAUAUGUCUGGGUAGUUGGAUUAAGCUGGUUUCUCCUCGCUUAAGGGAGCAUAAUGACCUGUUAAGGGCACUAGACCCGAAUUUUGGAGAUGGUCUUAGGGGUUGGUUUGGUUUGAAUUCCAUGCCCAAAUUCAACGACCUCGUAUAUCUGAGAUCGUUGGAUCCUAAGUUGCUACCUGGCGAGAAAGAGCCUUCUGCGGAUAGCCCGCACAAAAAGAGGCUUAUUGUGAUAGGCGAUGUUCAUGGCUGUUUAGAUGAAUUGGAAACCCUUUUACAAAACGUCAAUUUCGACCCCGGGCAAGGAGAUCAUUUGAUAUUCACAGGCGACCUGAUAGCGAAGGGACCUAAGAGCACUGGAGUCGUUGAUCUCGCUCGCAAAUUCCAUGCCUCCUGUGUCCGAGGAAACCAUGAAGACCGUGUCCUUCUUACCCGCCGCCAUAUACAGGCUGAGGCUUCAACCAAAAGUGAACGUUCUCCUGCGGAAGAGCCAGACCAAAUAGACAACGACAUAGAACCUGCAAAUACCGUACGAGCCCUUGCGAACGAAUUGACUGAUGAACAGGAAACCAUGGCUGGACGCAUGCCCUGUGAUGUUGAAAUGGUCGUGCAUGGUGGCCUUGUUCCAGGCAUUGACUUGGAAAGCCAAGAUCCCUCCACCGUAAUGAGUAUGCGGACCAUCGAUAUCUUUAGCCAUGUUCCUAGCGCAUCGUCCAAGGGUGUUUCUUGGACAAAGCUCUUCAAUAAACACCAAAGCAUGCUAGCUGUAUCUCGACAAUCCGCACCGCUGGGAGAAAGGGCGCAGUUUCCUGCUGCAACAACUGUGCUAUACGGUCAUGAUCCGCACCGCUCUCCUGUUUUGAAGAAGUAUACCAAGGGUCUGGACACAGGUUGUGUCAAGGGCGGGAAGCUUUCCGCAAUGGUCAUCGGGGAUGGCGGCACCAGCCACAUCCUGAUUUUUGCACUAAUUCCCUUGCUCGUUGCGAUUUAA